AGACUGACUGUUCGCGUCUCACCAGCCAGGAUGACUGGAGGAGUUUGGACUGCAUAGCCAGCAGCGUUUAAAGGGAAAGUGUGCGUUUGUGUGUCAGCUUGCGUGUGUGUGCGUGUGUGUGUGUGUGUGUGUGUGUGUGUGUGUGUGUGUGUGUAUGGGCAUACUCUGUACGCUGUAAUGGUGCCCCAUGUGUGACUGUGCUGACCGCGACAGCCAUCCUGUCCACAGCAGAGGCUUUCUCAGCAUGCAGAUGGUGUGUGCAGUCAGGGGGGGAAAGUUUGCAACAGCUCAUCUGAGCCUCAACAACUCAAUCGUCUCUGCACACACCGGGUUGUUUCUGGAGGGAAGUGGCAGCCGAAGCUGAGCUGUUCAACAACUUCAGCUCCUGUCAGCCCAGGAUUUCUGUUAAUGUUGACUGAUUAAUGUGACAAGACUGGAUACAUCAGUUGUGUAUCACCAAAACGUCAGAGCCAAGGGAUUUAAAAAAGACAGUUUGUUUGAAAGAUUCGAGCUUCUGUAAUGGACGACCAGUGUGUGUCCCACAGCAGUCCCCAGCGCAGCGGAGGUCAGGCCGGCGCAGAGACGCAGAGGCAGGGACGGCCGAGUGUCAUCAGGUGUGGGUGGCUACGGAAGCAAGGAGGUUUUGUCAAGACUUGGCACAGCCGCUGGUUUGUUCUUCGAGGGGAGCAGCUCUUCUAUUACAAAGACGAAGAGGAGACCAAAGCCCUGGGAGCCAUUCUCUUACCUGGAAAUAAAGUGUCAGAGCAUCCAACCAGUGGCGAUGACAGUGGGAAAUUCCUCUUUGAGGUCAUUCCAGGGGGAGACAGAGAGCGGAUGACAGCCAACCAUGAGACCUACCUUCUUAUGGCCAGCACCCAGAAUGACAUGGAGGAUUGGGUGAAGACGAUCCGCAGGGUCAUCUGGGCUCCUUUUGGUGGAGGGAUCUUUGGUCAGAAGUUGGAGGAAACCGUACGAUAUGAGCGUCGCUAUGGGAACAAGCUGGCCCCUAUGCUGGUGGAGCAGUGUGUUGAUUUCAUACGGCAGUGGGGCCUCAGGGAGGAGGGACUGUUCAGGCUGCCCGGACAGGCCAACCUGGUCAAAGAGCUGCAGGACGCCUUCGACUGCGGAGAGAAGCCCUCUUUUGACUGUAACACAGAUGUGCACACAGUAGCCUCUCUCCUGAAGCUGUACCUGAGAGAGCUGCCGGAGCCCGUCAUCCCCUUUCAUAAGUACGGCGACUUCCUGGCCUCCGCCAAACUUCUGAGCAAGGAUGAUGAAAUGGGUAUGAAGGAGUUGAGAAGGCUUGUUGAAUGUCUACCUCCAGUGAACUACAAUCUGCUCAAGUACAUCUGCAGAUUCCUAGAUGAAGUCCAGUCGUAUUCAGGAGUGAACAAAAUGAGCGUCCAAAACUUGGCCACAGUGUUCGGACCGAAUAUUCUGAGGCCGAAGGUUGAGGAUCCAGUAACGAUAAUGGAAGGUACUGUUCUGGUCCAGCAGCUCAUGGCCGUUCUGAUUGGCCGACAUGACGUUCUGUUUCCCCUCAAUGAGGACAGCCCCACGGCUCUAGAGCUCGUCAACAACAACAACAUCGACGCACAAAAACGACAAACCAACACGACUACCUCCGCCAUCACUGCGGUGUCUCAGAACGCAGAGAACAACAACACCCACGCGGUCAGGAAGUGUGUUUGGGAAGCUCCCGAGUCUCCCUCCCAUCGCCAGCACGUGGACAACAGUGGCUCCCCGCGGUCAGCGAGCCCUCGUAACGGGGUCAUAGGACGCUUUGAUAUGACGCGCAGCCCGCCGCUGACGGUUAAAAAGAACCCGGCGUUCAGCAAAGGAAGCGGGAUUGUUACAAACGGCUCCUUUAGCUCCUCCCCCUCCUCAGACCUGAAUCAAGAGAAGAGUCAGACUUUAACAGGAAGUGGGAGUUUACCGGCGCGGCGCAGCGGGGCACUCAAAGGCUCCGGAACAAAAAUGGGAACCAGUGGCGUGACGAGUGGAAGCAGCAGCGUGGGGAAUGGCACCGGAGUUGUCCGAUUGGGCGUCUCCGGCACAGAAACCCAAAGCCGCAAUGGCCUUUGGGUACCGAACGGCUGCGUCACGUUGCGGGAUAGCAGCAAAACGCACGUGGAUCAAACGUCCAAUCAGAACAGACUCUCUACGUACGACAAUGUCCAGUUAAACCAUCACAACCAGCAGCAGCAUAACCACGUCGCCAACACGUGUCUGAACAACAGCUGUGAGGACAAACAGAGCGUGGACAGCGCCACCUGGUCCACAUCCUCCUGUGAAAUCUCUCUCCCCGACAACUCCACUUCCUGCCGCUCCUCCACCACCACCUGCCCCGAGCAGGACUUCUACGGGGGUCACUUUGAGGAUCUGGACGGGCCGGCGCAGGAUAGCGAGCAUCCCCAGUCUGGAGGAGGAGGAGGAGGAGGAGGAGGAGGAGGAGGAGAGGGGGAGGGCAGGAUGAGCAACAGAGAGGGCAGCGGAGACGGAGCAGGGCGGAGCAGUCGGAGCACCAGCAGCAGCGAGAACAGUGACGGUCCUACUGUGGGCAACGGAGCGGGCAGCCACAGCGCUCUGCACAGUUUAGUGGCCAGUCUGAAACAGGAGAUGCACAAGCAGAAGGCCGAGUACGAGGCUCGGAUAAAGAGCUUGGAGCAGCGUAACCUGGACCUGGAGACUGAAAUGGUGAACCUCCACGAAGAGCUGGACCAGGAGAGGAAGAAAUACACGAUGGCCGAGAUCAAGCUGCGCAACGCCGAGCGCGCCAAGGAUGACGCCGAGAAGAGAAAUCAGAUGCUGCAGAAAGAGAUGGAACAGUUUUUCUCCACGUUUAGUGACCUCACUGCAACUGGUAACACCACUGUGACCGACCCCCGCCGACCUGAUCGGAACAACCCCAUCUGGAUACAGUGAGGGAAGAGCGAGGAGCUUUGACUGAAGACUGAAAACUGUUUAAUUAAAUGAUGUGAAGAAGAUGAGGGCUCCAAACAGGAUUUGGCUGCUGGUUGUAGAGGGAGCGUUGAAGAAGGGAAGGUUAAAAGCAUGUUUUAAUUUAAGAAUAGAAGGUGUAGGGGGCCAAUGGGAGCCACCUGUAUAAAUGUAGACAUCACCUGGAGUGAUGCCACUCUGACAUUAUCUGUAAAUACGGCAUUAUUUAAACAAAAAGUCACUCGGAGAGACUUUUUGACGUGUCCAGAAACUGUGUUAAUCACUCCUCUGACUGGGGAAAGUACACCGUGGUUUACAGUGAUACACAGAACUACUAUUGUUGAACUGUUACUCCUGGAGCGAAAAAGAAGCGGGAAAAAAAGUUGGAAAGGAUGUGAUCAGCUAAUAAAAAUAUCAUGGUCGUAAAAAAGACUGAAAGAACAAAAACACUAUCUUAAUCUCCUUUUAAAAUCCAACCAAAAUCCUCCUAUUGUUCCAUGUUAUUCGGUGUGUGCUCUUGUACAUAGAGGGGAAAACAAUGCAGAGAAAUCACAUGUUUGUAAAAAGGAAUGAAAAUAAUACUUCAAUGUGUGUCUGAUAUUUAAGCAAACGUAUCAAAGUGUGAUGUUUUCUAUGACGACUCGUCCUUGCACUUACAUGUUUCAUGGAGUCUCAGCAAGGUGGUACUGAAAUGUUCUGUGUCUCAAUGUGUGUGCACCAUUUCAAGUGGACAAUAUAUUGUAUAUGUGCCUGUGCUUCUGUGCUGUUUCUUUUCCCCACCAUGACCAAAAAAAAAAAAAAGAGAGCCUGUACUGUAAAUAUUUUAUAGAUAGUCGUUAGUUAGUUUGACACAUAAUCAGAUGGAUGUGGCUCGAGUUGAGUUGAUACUGAUUGAGGAAUGUUUUUGCUCGUAAACAUGAAUUUAAAGACUUGCACAAUGCGUCAUUGGUUUGAAUCCCAGAAAGGAAAAAAGAAAAAGAAACAUAUGUCAUCAAUUAAUAAGAUCAGGUAACUAAUAUGACUCUCCCUUUUAAGGAAUGUGUGGCUCUUAGUCACUCUUAAUUCUCUUGAAAUGUUGGUUUGUGUCUGAGAUUACAAGUGAACUAGUAGAGAAGACUCCAGUAAACAGAUUAAAGUAUGAGCUGAUACCGAGGACUUCAGAAUCAAGUGUGAAAACAAAAUUGGGAUGUAAGUUAGAAAACAUUGAACCACACUGAAACAAGUUGACUGAGGGAUUAUUAAAAUGUGUAUUGUAUCAGUGCUUUGACUGAUAAAUUCAUCAAUACCAAUGUUUGCAUUUAAGGCAAUAUCAGAGGCCGAUACACUUUCUGGUGUCAGUGUUUUUAUUGUUAUGGUACUGUUACUGAUACCGGUACUGGCAUCACUAUCGGUUAGUUUUUUGAUACUUAUACUGAUAUCAGAAUCUGUAUUAUUAUUGUUUUGGUACGGAUACUUAUACUGGUAUCAGAGUUGGUAGUAUCCUGAUAGGCAUCCUUAUCUCUAUAUCAGUGUUGUUCUGAUACUGGUAUCAGUAUUGGUUAGUAGCUACCUUAUACUGAUAUCAAUACUGGGAUCAGUAUUGGUAGUUACCUGAUGGUGGUAUCAGUGUUGUUCUGAAACUGAUAGUUAUUGGUAUUAGUAAUUUACUGAUACUAAUACAAACAGUGGUAUCAGUAUUGUUAUUGUUUUCAUUUCAGUAUUGUUACUGGUGUUGGUCAUUUUCUAAUAGUGAUACCGAUAAUGUUAUGAGUAUUGGUGAUUUUCCUAUUACUGAUACCAGUUUUGGUACUCGUCUGAUACUGGUACUGAUACAAAUAGCAGUAUCAUUAUCAGAACAACUCUAGUUUUCAGCUCUACUGUAGUCUUCAAUCUACCUGAAAAAACUAGUUUCAAUCCUUAUUCAGCUUUACAUUUAGAGGUUCAAAGAGCGAGUUGUGUUUGUGGGUCAUAACUGUAAAAUAAAGGGGAUGACUUCAUCAAGUGUAUCCACAUGGACAGUGAGUGUCCACAUGGAGGGCACAAACAGCCGGGUUUUUGGCUUCAGUAGCAAGAUGUGAGUGCAUGAUGGAGCAUGAGUCUUUGAGGGCCAGUGUACAAUACGUGAAUGUCUGUAAAGUGACUGCAUAUCAAUAAAGAGUGUAUUUAUGUAGCUUCAAACCAAACAUCUACACCAUGUGGAUUUUACUGAUGGGUACAAUACAGGACACGCGUGACUGCAGACCUAAGCCGGACUUCUGCAAAAAGAAGUUUGAAGUGUGCAGAAAGUUGCCACAGGCCAGUCGUUCCCCUCUGAACACCAGGUCUCGUUUGAACCUGCUGCUGGUCAAUGCAGGACAUGAGGAAUGUGCACAUGGAGGGGGAAAAAAAAAGUGCCUGAACAAGUGAGAGACGGAGGGCGAGGAGAGCUCCUCAUUUUGCGCCCUUCACCGGGAAGUAAUAGGCUUAAUCCGAGCUGACAGCGGCACCUCGUUCUGUGAAUUCCACACAAAAGAGCAGAUUAUGGACACAGGGCGAGAGGAAGUGGAGGACUGGGACGGGGAAUAUUUUCAUGACAUGAUACUUGACACCCAAAAGAACUUUAAAAAAAAAAAAAAAAAAAAAGACUUAAUAUGAAUAAAAAGGCAUUUUCAUGUGAGUCCCCCUUUGUAAUGUUCUUCACUGCAACUUUUCUUCAACAUAUUAAGAGACAAAACUUGAACCAAUUUGAAUCUGUGUGAAAUUUAAAGGUAUAUGACGGAAUUUUUAUGACAUUUUUUAAGAUUAUUAAAUAAUGGUGUUGUUUAUGUGAUCAAAAUGGUCAUCCAAAAGAGUCCUUUACCAAAAAGUGUCAUACAAACAACCAAAGUAGCAAAUUCUGGCGAUUGAGAGGCUUAAACUAUUUAAACUUUUUGUCAUUUUAUGAAUUUACAUUUUUGAGUGAGUGCUGUGUGAUAAUUCUUUAAUUGGCAUGAAAUUGAUUUUUAUUUAAACAUCUUACACUGGUAAAUAAUCAGAAUAUGUCCCAUAUAUAUUAUAUUACAGUAUAUCAUAUAAGAUGUUUUUUUUUUUUAAAUGUUACAAUAGAUGUGGAUGGUGAUAAAUUGAUCUUGAACAUAAUUUUGAGUCUAUAUCAAAGUGUGUGUGAGUGUGUGUCUGUGGUUGUGUUUGUCUCUUUCAGUUCUGUUGAAAGUCGACCAGGAUGUUCCCUUCCUCACGCUGAAUUUCAGCUUUGAUUGGCUCCAACGCCCACAGCGACACUUCAAGGAUAGACGGUAUGAAUAAAGGAUGGAUGAAUGGAAAUAUAUUUCCUGAAAAAGUUUUUUGUCGCAUUAAAAGUGUCUUUUUGUUCAUAUCCUAAAAUAAGAUGUCAACUUGUUCUACAUCAGAUCAUUGGUGCAAGAAAAAUAAUGAAUAAAACAAAAAAAUGGACUAACAA